AUGGUAUUGGACUGGUCCCCGCAGGGUGCGGACAUGAAUACUAUUGAAAACGUAUGGGCUGAAAUGAAGAAGGUCCUUUUGCGGCGGCCGCUCCACAAGUAUUCUUCGGAGAACCUGUGGGCGGCAGUUGAAGAGGAAUGGCAGAAGCGGGCCCGUUCCUCCGUGGCCGAUAGCCUCUACGAAAUUUUAUUGAGGAGCCCUACUUGUCCUUUUUUUUUGCAGGGAACAUCAGUGACCAAUUCCUGGCCAUCGCUGGGUGACGUCACCGACGUCUGGCCGCAACGCAGCAUCUGGCGCACGGUGAUCGCAUUGCACGUGGCGCCGCGACUGCUCCUCGUGUGGAACUACGCGCAGUAUCUCAACUGGCGCGGCGUGCUCGUGGCUCCCUCUCGGCGGCACGUCUACGAUUUCGUGGCCUGCCUUUGCGGCGCGGUGCACGCGGCCUCCGUGGGCUCGCUCGUGAUGAUGGCGUGCGCGUCGCGUCGCCACUACCCCAUCAUGCACGACGCGCUGCUCAUAAAUUGGAUGUGGUGGUCGCUGCUGCACAUGGCCUGCACCUGCCUCGCGCUGCGUCUGUCCCAGCACAGGAGCGACGGCCAGCAGUUGCACCGGUCCCGCGCCCUCAAGGAAACCCUGCUGGCUCUUUCGGUAGCCGCAAGCAUCGGCAUCAUCUACGUCGGCAUCGCGCGGAGAAAGUACUGCGCCGCCAUCGGCGGCGUCGAAGACAAGACUGAGUUAGUGCGUGAAUCGCACGAUCUCUUCGCCAUCAGCGAGUCGGUCUUCAUGUUCUGCGCCAUGGGCUUCGACCUGACCAUACUGUACGACGUUCCCGGACACGUGGCGCACCUGCCGUGGCCUUUGUGACCACCCAUACCGCGUGCUCCAGUGACACUUGAGAGGAGUGCAGUGAUGUUAGUGUUCAGUUUCCGAAGAAGCCAACCACAUUGGUGCUCAAACCGAGACCAUAUAUAGGAAGCUAUCUCGGUGGACAAAAACAAACUCCAUUUUCUUUUUUGUUACAAUGUUUCUGUUAUUCUUGCCAGUAAGACAUCCAAACAAAGUAUAAAGCGUCUCAAGCAACGAGAUGCUUGACCCGUUUCUGUGUACCUCUUACCGAGCCUUUUCUUUGCUCUAGACAAGCCGUAGUUGCGGCCUGGAUAUGUUAUUGCUCCGCUCAUUUUGUGGCAGUGAUUUCGUGUCACGUUACUCUGCGCUGUGAUUGCAGCAUGUGUUGCGGUGUAUACCAUGUCUAAACGAGUAGCAGCUCAACUGAGUGGAAGUGCACUUACAAACCGAAGAUGGUAGCUUUCGGUGGUGCCAGAGGGUGCAUGCACUUCAAGCUAAUUAGCUUUGAGGAAGCGGCACCAGCUUGUGGAGUCGAACAGGAAUGAGGCAACAAGGACAUCUUUGUUUCUUCUCCGUUGCUGUCUUUCCUUAAUUUAUCUUUCGCGUGUGACGCUGCGCGCAAGACAGCAAGCACAGUUGCUACAGUCUCAGUCCUGAAAAUGAAAAUGACUGACACCGACGCACGAAGGUACUAAGAGAGUAGCAACGGGUAUCAAAGUUUCGUCGCCAACAAAAAAUUUGUAGGAUGCUUGAGCAUCGGCUUCUCAUUCGCUAUCCAGGCUUCUCUUCUCGGUGGGCACCGUAAGAGUGUCACGAGGAAUGGAACGUCUGUGCGAGGAACAUUGGCCAUUUUAAACUAUCCUAGAAUGCCUACUGCGAGUAGGCGC